GUUUCUAUCCCUUCUUCUCUCCCACAAACAAAAUAAUACAUCCACACAAAAUGUCUAUCAAGAUGAACCUCUGGAGCAUGACCCUUCUCCCCGGAGAGGCCCAGCCCGUCUACGUUCGACGAGACUUCCAGAUCACCAACGCCGCCCUCGGCGAGGAGCUCCGAUCCACUGACGGCCGAUCGGUCGUCAAGGUCACCCACAGCCCCAUUGACCCUGCCAUGUUCGACGACUCUGACUCUGAGUUUGACUCUGACUUUGACGGCGAGAUCGACUCUGACGAUGAGGACGAUGACGAGGACAUGGAGGAGGACGAGGAGAAGCCCGCCAAGAAGGAGAAGAAGGUCGCUGCCGCUGAGGAGGAGGGCGACGACGAGGAGGACUCUGAGGAGGACUCUGACUUUGAGGACGAGCUCAACGAGACGAACGUUCUCUGUUCUCUUACUGCCGGCAAGACCGAGCAAGCUUCUCUCAACCUUACCUUUGUCCGUGGCGAGGUCGCCCUCUUUGAGGUCACCGGCGAGAACGCCGUCCACCUCAUGGGCAACUACAUCAACCAGGACGAGUACGACUCUGACGACUCUGACUUUGAGGGUGACGACGACUACUCUGACAUCUACGACUCUGAGGAUUUGCUCGAGUCUGACGAUGAGGAGCCCACUGCCAAGAUCACCGAGGUUGAGGAGCCCAAGCCCAAGAAGGAGGUCAAGGCCGUCGAGGCCAAGCCCGCCCAGAAGCGAAAGGCCGAGGAGCUCGAGUCUCCCGCCAAGACUGAGGCCACCGAGAACCUGAGCAAGGCCCAGAAGAAGAAGCUCGCGAAGAAAGCCAAGACUGAGGCUGACAAGCCUGAGGAGAAGGCUGCCGCCAAGCCUGCUGCUGAGAAGAAGGCCGCUGCUGCCCCCAAGAAGGUGAGGAAGUAAUUCUGCUUCCGCUCUUGUCCCAUUUGGUCAUCACGAAAAAUGGUCUAGCUUGACUGUACACCCCCAAUAUAAAUGCAUAGUUGUUUUUGACGACUAUCCGUUCCCCAACACGCCCUCCUAAGAUUCGAUGAAAUUAUCAUACUGACGCUUUCUUCAGAGGGUUACCGCUUCUGGUUUGACCAUCGAGGACAUCAAGGUCGGCGACGGCCCCGCCGCCAAGAACGGCAAGCGAUGUGGCAUGCGCUACAUCGGCAAGCUCACCAACGGCAAGCAAUUCGACGCCAACACCUCUGGCAAGCCCUUCUCCUUUGUUCUCGGAAGGGGUGAGGUCAUCAAGGGCUGGGAUGAGGGUUUGGCUGGCAUGAACGUCGGUGGUGAGAGGCGAUUGACUAUCCCCCCUCAGUUGGCCUACGGUAACGCCAAGGUUGGCGGUAUCCCCAAGGGCUCCACCCUCAAGUUUGACGUCAAGCUUGUGUCUGUCCAGUAAAUGCCGUGUGUUGUCGGAGAAGGGGGUGAGGUACACAUAAUAUCAGCUACUAGUAUAUAGAUAUACAUACCCAACGAAAUGCCACUUUUUGUACAGCG